AUGUCCGACACUCCCUCUGCCCCCGCCUUCACCUCCGGCGUUGCCUCUCGGUUCGUCUCCUCGAACGCGCUCGAGGAGGCCAAGAAGCGACGUGAGGCAGAGUGGAGAGAGGCGUAUGCGCGGAUAGGACAGGAGCCGCCGAAGCAGGAGGAGGAGGAGAAGUAUGACCCGAGGAGCCUGUUUGAGCGGUUGCAGGAGAACAAGACCAAGAAGCAGGAGGCUUUCGAGGAGCAGCUCAAGUUUAAGAACCACUUCCGCGCCCUCGACGAAGACGAGAUCUCCUUCCUCGACUCGAUGGUCGAAGACGGGAACGAAGAGGAGAAAGAGCGGAAGAAGCAGAUCGAGGAGGAGUUGAGGAGUUUCAGGCAGGCCGUCACGAAGCGCUCUACAGCGCCCGCCCCUCCAGCCAUCGCCUCCUCCCUCUCGCCAUCCCUCUCACCUUUACUCGCCUCCACCACCGCCUCAACAUCCACCUCAACAUCCGCAGCACCCGCAUCUAAACCCCUCGCUCCUCCAGUCCCGAAGAAGACGGGCGCGGCGGGGAAGAAGAAGAGUUUACCUGGGGUUGUUGUGGCGAAGAAGAAGAAGGCUGCGCCUGCUCCCGCUCCCACGAAAGCGAACGUUGACGACGACACUAAGGAAGGGAAGGGGAAGACAAAGGAGGCGGUUGCUGUAGAGAAGCGACAAGCGGAGCGAGGAGAGCGGCAGGAGGAGAAGGACGGCGACGAGGACGGGGUGAAGCGGCGGAAACUCGAGGCGGACUCGGCUGCGUCGUCCUGA